CCCACGGUAUCUAAUUCAGUUUGCGUUCAUCGACAGGAACGACGGUUGUGAUCCCUCCACUGGUGGUGACACGAAUCAUAAGCAUUAUUUCAUACCUAAAAAACAAAAUCUACAAAAAAAGCUUCAUUCCCAUCGAAAAAACUUUCUUGUGAAAUCAACCGAGCUAACAAACAACAUCCUGUGCAAAAUCUAGCAGUGAAAGUGUGAUAUCGUAUACCUGUACCUGUAAACCGUUGUGCGCGUGUGUGCCUUUGUGUAUCAAUUUUGUGGAAAACAGAAAAUACAUCAAAAUGGUUUACAAUUUCAAAGUCUUCAAGAAGUGCGCCCCUAAUGGAAAGGUUACGCUGUACAUGGGCAAGCGUGACUUUGUAGACCACGUUUCCGGCGUUGAACCGAUCGAUGGUAUCGUCGUCCUCGAUGAUGAGUACAUUCGUGACAACCGUAAGGUAUUCGGUCAGAUUGUCUGCAGUUUCCGCUACGGCCGCGAAGAGGACGAGGUGAUGGGACUAAACUUCCAGAAGGAGUUAUGCCUCGCUUCCGAACAGAUCUACCCGCGUCCGGAAAAGUCGGACAAGGAGCAGACCAAGCUCCAGGAGCGACUGCUGAAGAAGCUGGGUUCGAACGCCAUCCCGUUCACGUUCAACAUCUCGCCGAAUGCCCCGUCUUCGGUCACGCUGCAGCAGGGCGAAGAUGAUAACGGAGACCCGUGCGGUGUGUCGUACUACGUGAAGAUCUUUGCCGGUGAGUCGGAAACCGAUCGUACGCACCGUCGCAGCACCGUUACGCUCGGCAUACGCAAGAUCCAGUUCGCACCGACCAAGCAGGGCCAGCAGCCGUGCACGCUGGUGCGCAAGGACUUUAUGCUAAGCCCGGGAGAGCUGGAGCUCGAGGUCACACUAGACAAGCAGCUGUACCUGCACGGGGAGCGAAUAGGCGUCAACAUCUGCAUCCGCAACAACUCGAACAAAAUGGUCAAGAAGAUUAAGGCCAUGGUCCAGCAGGGUGUGGAUGUGGUGCUGUUCCAGAAUGGUAGCUACCGCAACACAGUGGCAUCGCUGGAGACUAGCGAGGGUUGCCCAAUUCAGCCCGGCUCCAGUCUGCAGAAGGUUAUGUACCUCACGCCGCUGCUGUCCUCGAACAAGCAGCGACGUGGCAUCGCCCUGGACGGUCAGAUCAAGCGUCAGGAUCAGUGUUUGGCCUCGACAACCCUCUUGGCUCAACCGGAUCAGCGAGAUGCUUUCGGCGUUAUCAUAUCAUAUGCCGUAAAGGUUAAGCUUUUCCUCGGCGCACUCGGCGGCGAGCUGUCGGCGGAACUUCCAUUUGUGCUGAUGCACCCAAAGGUAAAAUUAUUUCAACUCAAAUUAUUUUGUAUACACGACAAAUACGACGAAUGUUCAUUUUUUUCCUUCUUUCUACAACGCCCACCAAACAGCCCGGCACCAAGGCUAAGGUCAUCCAUGCCGACAGCCAGGCCGACGUAGAAACUUUCCGACAGGAUACAAUCGACCAGCAGGCAUCAGUUGACUUUGAAUAGACGACGCAACGGUUUGGAAAUGCUACCUACUACCCCAGGCAUGGGCUAACACGACGAACGAACUACUACUACUAAGCAUAAAAAACAGGAAAAAAAAUGGAAAACUUAAAAAAUGGAUCAUACAACCGAACGCAAACGACCUACGACGAUCGAUCUCACUUCCCCGUCUUUUUCAUCCUAAGCAAUAGAACGAUGGUAGAAAAGGAAGAUAAAGAUGGAGAGAAAGUCACGUGUAUCAAUGACGACGAUUACCAAAACUAAAGACGUAACACACGUUCCCCAGCGAGCGGUAACUGUUCUGUUCUGACACCUUCCGCUCGACAAUGUACCUUUUAAAAACAUACAAAUUAGAAAUCGUCUUCACUACCUUCAACCAAUCCGGCCACUUUGGUAUAUACUUUUCAUAGAAUCCUUCUGAGCGCAAGGACCCUAUUGAAAUUCAGUGUUAUUUUGUAACUGCUACCAAAUGCCUAGCUGAAUGUUGUUGAACGAGUUAUGUACAUCAAAUGAUUGAAUAAAACAAAACAAAAAUAAGAACAUUGGUUUGAACACAUCCAAAA